CCCAGCUCAAAUAUCCCCAGCCAACUAAACAUCCAGCCUGAAGCCCCGCUUUCCACGUUAACAAAAAUUCCUUUAUAACCAGAGACUUGGCAGUCAAUGAAGGAACAGUAGAGGGGAAGCAGAGGCAGCAGUGACAGUCUUCAGGGCCAGACGGUUUGCAAAGAUGAUCUUCAAUAGUCUUGUAGUAUGGCUGCAGUUCUUAAUCUUAUGCGUCUCUUCCGAAUCCGGACCCUUAGAAGAUGUCGUCAUCGAUCGCUACGACGUCCCCAAGAUAUGUCCCAGGGAAGUUCAGAUGGGGGACUUUGUAAGAUACCAUUACAACGGGACUCUUAAAGAUGGACAGAAGUUUGAUGCCAGUUAUGACAGAGGGAUUCCUGUAGCUGGAUUUGUAGGAAUAGGACGUCUCAUCACUGGCUUGGACAGAGGGAUUCUGGGGAUGUGCGUGAACGAGAGACGGAAACUCAUUGUACCGCCACACCUGGGGUACGGCAGCAUAGGCGUCCCUGGAAUGAUCCCUGCAGAUGCUACUCUCUACUUUGACAUCAUCUUGGUGGAUUUGUGGAACAAGAAAGAUGAGAUUCAGAUCACAACCCUAGAAAAGCCCAGCCAAUGUAACCGAACCGUCGUAGACUCUGACUUUGUGCGGUACCAUUAUAACGGAACGCUCUUGGAUGGGACCUACUUUGACUCCAGCUACAGCCGCUCUAGCACAUACAAUACCUACGUGGGGUCAGGAUGGCUAAUAAAAGGCAUGGAUCAAGGUCUAGUGGGCAUGUGCGCUGGAGAGUGGAGGAAGAUCAUUGUGCCACCAUUUUUGGCCUAUGGAGAAAAGGGAUAUGGGACAAUCAUCCCUCCGCACGCUUCUCUGGUGUUCCAUGUUCUACUGAUAGACUUCCACAACCCCAAAGAUGGGAUUACAGUGCAGAACCAGGUCCGUCCCGAAACUUGCAAGCGCAGGGCUGUUACAGGAGACUACGUCCGUUACCACUACAAUGGCACCCUCAUGGAUGGAGUGUUGUUUGAUUCCAGCUACUCCAGAAAUAGCACAUACAACACCUAUAUUGGAAUGAGUUACAUUAUUCCCGGUAUGGACGCUGGUCUUCAAGGUGUUUGUAUAGGAGAAUGGCGUAGAAUCAUCAUCCCUCCACAUCUUGGGUAUGGAGAAAAGGGAGUCGGAGAAAAUAUUCCUGGAUCUGCUGUCUUGAUCUUCGACGUUCAUGUGAUUGACUUUCAUAAUCCCAAAGACACUGCGGACAUAGAGGUGACCUAUAAGCCAGAAGUGUGCAAUGUAACAUCUAACAAGGGCGACUUCAUCAUGUAUCACUACAACUGUUCCCUAAUGGAUGGAACCGAGCUCUUCUCAUCACAUAAAUAUGAAAAUCCACAGCAGAUUACCUUGGGCCUGAACAAAGUUAUUGAUGGUCUUGAUAUCGGACUGACGGGAAUGUGUGUAGGAGAGAGGAGGACCGUCAUUGUACCCCCCCACCUGGGACAUGGAGAAAGUGGAGCCCGUGGAGUACCUGCCAGCGCCGUGAUAAAGUUUGACAUAGAACUGGUGCACAGAGAAGAAGGCGUCCCGGACGGGUACUUGUUUAUUUGGCUCGCCGAUACUCCCGACAAUCUAUUCGAAGAAAUGGACAUGGAUAAAAACGGAGAGGUUCCCCUGGAAGAGUUUUCCACCUUUCUGAAGACCCAAGUAGAGCAAGGGAAAGGCCGAUUCAAUCCUGCAGUAGACCGCGAACAGUCCAUCGGCGACAUGUUCAUAAAUCAAGACCGAAACAAGGAUAAGAAAAUCACCGCCGAAGAACUGAAACUGAAAACGGAAGAGGAGGCAGAGAACGUUCAUGAAGAACUAUAGGAGGCUGGGCGCUCGAAAUAUAUCAGGGCAGAUGCCAGUCUCACCAUCCCUGACUGGGUACUUUGUGCACUGCGAGUCUAGACUGCGAUCUUUUUGUUUGUUUUUGGAGCCCUACGACGGCCAGCGGCGGCUGUGACCUGUUGUAGAUCACGGGGUUACAGGCAUCAUCUGGCAGCUCUGCACAAUACAAUGAUGAUCCUGAUCUCAAGGAAGGAUCCGACGGACACCACGUGGGGGAAAAAAUAAAAAAAAUAA